AUUGAUAGGGGUUGCAAGUGUCGAGUCUGUACCUCUUCGAACCUCCGUGCGUUCGAACAAGUCCGAAUGCGUGAGCUGUGGUGUUUACGCGGUUCCGGGUAAAGGCCGUGAUACAGUUUCGCAUCAAUUCUGUGGCCGUUGCCUGGAAUACGGUGCGUCGUGUGACACCGAAACGGGCGUAGCGGCACUAUCAUGAGUGGCAGCGACGGAGAGGACGGUCGACUCGAAAAGAGCACCACUACCACCGCCACCACCACCAUCGCCACCAUCACUGGGCAAAGGGACAUAGCCGAAGCGAUGGGUGAUGACGACGGCGGUACGACAGCGACGGUGAUGAAACGGCACUGUGACGACGUCAUCGCCGUCGACAGCUGCACUGAUUCCGCCUGGACGUGCCGGGACAUGGACACGCCGAGCGACCACGAGAAUGGGGACGCCCGCGUGUUCCCCGCGGUCGCGGACUAUGAUCCCACUGGGUGCGGGACGACUGAUCAGCGUGUGAUUGACGCGUUUAUCAGAGGUGCAAGAGCGGCUGAUGAAGAUCGUCGUAAGUCGUCUUUAGUGAGCACUGAUGCGCUCGCCAAGCUGUACUCCUCUGCAACAGCUAUGGAUAGUCAGUCACGUCUCGGGAAAGAGUCGUGCUCUUGUGAUAAUACAGCUGAUUACAAAGCUAAACGAGACAUGUUUAGGGAGGAGCUACAAAAGGCUAUGAACUUUCAAAAUCUAUGGACAGAAUUACGGCAGUACAUACGUACUGACUUUAACGUUGCUUUAGAAACUCAUACAUAUAAUUCUCCACAAUCUCAUCGUGGCAAAUUCACUAACGAUAUGCACAAUACUGUUAUUCAAUUAUGUAAAAGAGAUUCUCAUCAACUUUUCAUGAGAUUAGUGAGCCAAGCGCAAGAGUUUGUGAUAGAAGUAAAAAUUCGUUUGUUUGCUCUUCUACACGAUCGUAGCGUGAAUUUAGCUGAAAUUUUUCUUACUGGUCUCUUGAAUGAUUAUGAUGCUCUCGUAUCGACAGCGAUUAUAAUUUCUGAAUUAGUAAAACCAUUAAAAAAGUGCCUCAACUUCAAUUUGACGUGGGACUGCUUUAUCAAAAAGUUAUAUCAGAUUUAUGUGUAUAAUGACGCUUUAGUGCAAAACAAUUUACCUACGUUUAUUGGCCAGUUGAGAAAACUUCUACCGUUGAAAGGCUCCAAAUAUCAAGCUCUCGUUCAUAGGUAUUUAUCUUUCGAUGACGAAAUGACGAGAAUCGGUAAUUUAUGGCCUGAGACAGAGCCAUGGAUGGAUAAAUAUAAUGCAGAACAAGCCGUUCGUAUGACAAGACUUAGACAAAUUAGAGAAGCUUGGGAAUUGUUCACAGCAACACGUAAAUUUAUGGAGCGCAGUAUGUUAAACAAAACAUCUGAUAUCGGAAAUGAAAUGCAAGAGAUCCAUGGACAAUUUUCAUCGCUCAUUGCACAUACAUCUGGAAGCGAUAGUCCACCUUUAAGUCCAGUAUUAGACUUUAGCUCAGAUUCUAUAGCUAUGCCAUCUAGCAUAGAGAUUGUUCAAAUAUUGUUAGAUGAUUGGAAUAAAGCUCAACAUCAAAAAUUAGCGGAUAUAGCCGGGGCAUUAACUGCCACCGAAGUAGACGCCGCUGGACAAGGCGAUUCUAAUUGCUACGAUUACACACGUGCAACGUGUCAGUUAGCGCAAUAUGCCAUCAGAUCAGUAAGAACUCAUAAUGACGAUUCCGGCGAUAUGGAGAAUGGGCUUGAGAAUAGAAAAGAAUGCGAAUGUUAUACGUGCAAUGAAAUUGGAGUAAGUCAUACGGAUACGUAUAAAGACGAAAAUGCCGAGAGGGACGAGAUAAAUUCUCUUUCAUCUCUUAGUAAUGGAUUUCUAGAAAUGCCGAAGAGAUGUGCGCAAAUUAAAAAGAAAAUAGAUAAUUUAAAUGACGAGGAUAAAAAGAAGAAAGAAUUGAGCGUGCGUGAUACUUUGCACAAGUAUAUCUCAAAGACGCCCGAGUCGGAACCUUGUCUGUGUGUUUAUCAACACGCGCAAGAAAUAACGGAAAGGAAAAAGGAAAUUUUAGAAAGUCCGCCCUGUCCUUGUCUGUUGAAUUCAAGACGCAAGUGGGAUAUAUGUCCUUGCUUGCCUAAAUCCAUACCUGAAACGGUCGUAGCGAAUGGUCGUCCCAAAGCUACAUCACCGACUUCUAUCGUAAAGACUAAUCCAGAACCAAAUGAGAAACCUGUUGUAAAGACUGCUGCCACACAACCCGCUCAAACUCAAAUGAGGCAUUCUACAACACAAACUCACAAUCACACCAUGCAUCAGGGUAACACUCAUUCGCACGGACUGCUUCCAGAUCUGACGAAAAACACAGGUCCGUGUUCCCACCCUAGACUUCGUCCACUUAAUCAUACACCGCAUGCGUGUCACAAGCAAGCCAACGUCGAGCAUAUCAAGAGAAUGUCAUGUAACGAUUUGAGUUCAGGAGACGGUGACUGUUCGGAUUCAGGGAGCAGUCAGGGAGACUCGUGUUCUACGAGUAGUUCCGCACAGAGAGAUGCUAAUUUGAGACAUUGCGACUGUUGCUACUGUGAAGUCUUCGGUCACGGAAUGCCAUCGGUUGCGCCAGUGAGUCGAAAUUAUAAGGAAAUGCGGGAACGACUACGACAACUUCUGACGAAGAAAAAAGCGAAAAAGUGUAAGACUGUUGCGGCUGGAUGUAGUCCGCAGAAAAGUCCAUCGGAAUCGUCGAUUCCUAACGCUAACUCCGAAUCGAAAACCGUGACAAAUUCGAUUCUCAGAUCAAAUACUCCAAUUUCGACGACGUCCACGACUCAGUAUGAUCAACGAGAUCAGCGAGAUUUAGAGGAGUUGUUAGAGUUUAUCGAAGGUAAUCAAAGCGGAAAGAAAGACAACAAGAAGGCUGAAAAGAAAGCGAGGCAGAAACAACGAAAGCUUGAAGAAAAAUUGAAAAAGGACAGACAAGAAGCAGAGAGACAAAAGUUAAUAGAAUUACAGAAAAAGACACCGGAGGUGACGAUUACCGUUGUCGAUCCUCAAAAACCUGUACCUCAAAGAUUAUUGCCUCAGUGUAAUUUACCUGAAGUUUCCAUUUUGCCAACGUCGUCAUCAGUAUCUUUAUCUACGAUAAAACCAUUAAACAAUAGAAAAAAGGAUAAGCAAGAAGUUUGUAGCAAUAGUAGUAAUAACUGCGGUAGUAAUAGUAUUAUUAAUUUGAGUAACAAGACAAAGACAGUGUCUGCAAAUUCAAACGCAAAAAAUAAGAGUAUUAAUAGUACAGAAAAGUGUGAAGUACGAAAUACGAAUUCUACCCAAGGGAAUAAGAGUAAUGCGAAAGUUGAUAGCAAUAAAGGCAGCAAGCUAUCAGCAAGUAUUAAUAAUGUUACAAAAAACAAUUCGAAUAAUAAUGUCAAUAAGUUAUCGGACGUCGAUUUACUCGACAAAAAAUUGACGAAGAAGGAAAGGAAAAAAUUGAAGAAGGAAAUGAAGAAACUGGAAGAAGCGAAGGUAAAAGAAACUGAAAAUACGACACAUACAGAAUCUCAACCACAAAUAGUUACUAUUAGGAGGGAGAUAAAUUCGAAUAGCGCUGAACCUACAGUCACGAUCACUCUAAAAGGCCAAACUCCAGCUGAGGAUAAAGUUCUAUUUACGUUGGUGAAUGGACAGACUAAAGAACUUUCUCACAAGUCGGAACAAGAACAAAGUCAAAGUAACAACGGAAAAAAGAAAAAAGUCAAGGCGACUAACAACAAUAAUCCCUUACAACAGGGAAAUAAAUUACAGCAAUCGAAUAAUUCGAAGCAACAGACUCAAAUUAAAGCCAACGAUGGUAAGAAUUUGAAGCAACAGGUAAAUAAUGAGAAAUCGAAAAAUAGUAAACAGGCAGACGAGAAGAAAGUUCAACAGCAAAAUAUCAAUGAAGGCAAAAAUUCCAAAUCGAAGAAAGAUAAAAAAAAUACAGAGAACAAGGAAAAUGUAUUGCAGCAACAAAAUAUGGUAAAUAAAAGUAAGAAUCAACAAAACGCUAGCAACAAAAAGCAGAAUAAAGCGAGUACUCCACCUCAGACGCCAGUGUCGCAGAAACAGCAGCAGAAUCAGGUUAUAAACGAAUCCAUGAUUAGUAAAAAAGUAAAGAAACAACAACAGCAAGAUAAAAAUCUGCAGUCGAACACCAAUAAGAGCAAUAAAAUUAAUAAUAAUAAUGCGAAUAAUAAGAACGUAUCAAAUAAGAGUGAUUCUCAAAAAAAUAAUGUAAAUAAAACGAAUCAAAUUCCCAUAAAUAAGCAACAUGUACCCACGGAGGUCCAAAAUACGUGUUCCGAACGAGUUAAUUCGCCAUCGCUUAGUAGCCAGUUUAAAGACAUUGGGCCAAAUUCCAAAAUCAACAUCGAAAAUCUUAAGUUACCACCGGGCAUCACAAUUACAAAGGUCGAUGCUCCGCCAAAACCGCUUCCAAUCAAAACGGCUCCUUUGCCAAAACCAGUGAAUCCGCCUAAGCAAACUACCAUCAUCGCCGCGCCGAUGAGCGGUGUUCAGUCGAGUUACGCGAGUCCGCAGGGUGGUGGAAAUGUCAUAGUGGUGGACACGGGCAAGCUCAAACAAGAUCUGUUACCGAAAGCCAACGAGAAAGAUUCAUCGAAAGAUUCGCAGCCUCAAAAUACUACUACCGGUAAAAAGAAGAAGAAGAAAAAUAAGAAUUCGGCGGCCAAUUCGGGCAAUACGGCAGUUUCGUCGCCGGUGCAAAACAACGACGCGUUCGUGAAUGAUCACAUGAUCGACGAACCGGCGAGGAUACUGCACAAUCCCGGAUCUAACAUGGUGACUAUCAGGAACCCAUCGUUUGGACCAAUGAAAGUGCCACCGACACAGCAAGCUGCAAUCAUUAAAGUUUCGGAGAACGGUAUGGUGACUAUUCGAAGUCCGGCUCUCCAACAGGCGAUCAAUGCGGGCUUGACGUCACCACCUAAGCCGGAUUACAUAGUCAAAGGCGAUCUAUCGUCGUCAUCGGCGGGUAGAACGACGAAUGAUUGCGGUCAGCUGAGCGUGAAACACGGCAACGGUGUCAUAUCAUCGAGCCUGGCGGAAUUGCGCAGUCGAUUGAGCGCGCAGUCAGAUUGCACGUCAUCCUUGUCCGAGCUCGCUAAUAUCCAGAUUAGUCAGAUGACAAAUGGCCAACCGAUACCAGAGAACGGUAUCAAUCUCAAGGGUACCAGCGUCACCCUGACGAAGGUGAGACCCGAGGCAACGAGUAUGGAGGACGCGCGACAGGCAUCAGCGAAGUAUACGACGGUGAAAGAGGUGGCGAUAAACGCUACUUCGGUCAAUGGCGGCGGAAGCAGUGGCAAGAGCAAGAAAAAGAAAAAACGCGGAAGCGGCACGGGACAGUGCGGAGAUGACUUGGACCUCGUUGAGGUAUUCACGCCCAAAGAUAUAGACCUCGAAAACGACGAGGAGAUGGACGAUGAUGAGCGCGAGCUGGAGGCCUUCAAGCGAUUCUGUCUGCAAUCAGUACCGCCAUUACACAAGGAGAAGGUCAAUCUCAAUAUCAAGGACAUCGUGCUGAAGAAAAAAUCAUCGUCGUCCUCGUCGUCAUCCUCGUCAACGUCGUCGUCGUCAGCGGCGGCGGCCGCUGUAAUAGCGGCCAAUUGAUUUGUAUAAUGAUUUGAAUAAUCCUGCGUUACCAUCCAUGAUUACUGCCAUUUUCAAUGAAUCGACGCGCGGUCUAGAACGCAAUUGCAUUGCGAACGAUUCGUGUCUUUGUCGACAUUGUUGUCGUCAUCGAUUCUGGGUUUUUACAAAAAAAAAAAACAAGUAUGUAAUGCCUUCGUAGACGAAUAUUUAAAUGUUAGCGUAUUAGAGUGAAGGAACGGAGUAGGAACUCUGAACGACGACGGCAUGGUCGUAUAACGACCAGAUGGUGUCAUUGUAUAUGUAUAUCGUUAAUUGUAAUUAAAGAUAUUAGUUUCUUUUGCGACGAAACGAUAAGUUUCUUUCGCGAGAUGUCGUUAAAAGCAUCGUUCUAGACGAGGUCAACGGCAUUUGUAAAAAUUUGAUCUCGCCGACACUUUAGGAAUAAGUACGAUUGUAAAGUUAAACGCGACAGUGUCGUUAAAAAGUGUCACGAGAAGAUACACGCUGUGUUUGCAGCUUUGCAAAGUCUCGCAUCGGUGAAAAUUAGAGAAUUUGCGUCACUCGACGCGAAUACACACGUAGAUGUGCGUGAUAAUAGAUAGAUGGACGUAUUCAUUGUUCUCUCUUCCUUUUUUCUGUUUUUUUUUCUUUAAAUAAAAAUAGUUGCGCGUUUCUAUCUACUUAGAACAUCUAUGUAUCAUCUUUAUGUGUCUCUGUAUUUACAUUCUCCUUGUAGGAGUAGCCUGUAUUCGUAUAAAUAGUUAAAUUAGCAUAGGGACGCACACCGAGAAGGUUUAUAUAUACAUAAUUCAACAAAUGUACGUCGCAAUGUUUCUUAUUGUAUUGUAAUUAAAGUACUUUUUAUACGGUAAAUAAGAUAGGCAUGUGGGGCGAGACAAUCUAAUUCUUUUUAGUGUAUAUAAAUUCCCUAUAUACACACACACACACACACACACAUACUACGAAAAA